ACAUAAACCUACUCUCACUUCUCAUUCAGUUUUUUCUUAACAACGGUCACAAAACGCAUAAACCCCACGAUCCCCAAGAACAUCAUCAACCACGUUCAUCUCUCACUCACUCACUCUAAAAAUUCCAACUUUUGCUUAAUUAAUUCAGAAAAGAGGAGAGAGAAAAUCACCCACAAAAAACACAGUUUUCAAUUUUAAUGGAAACUCCAACUAUCCAAGGUUACCUUACUAGCAGCUACAGGGAUUCCUUUGCUUCUCAAAGACAUGUUUCUUACAGCUGUGGUGCUUGUGGUUACGAGCUGAAUUUAAACUCAUCAAACCGGAACACCGCAACCUUUGGCUCAAAAUACGGAAAAUCCAUAAAACGAGGAAUCAUCUCGUUUUUCCAAAUCGACGAGAGCAGAUUCAUGAAGGUUGACGAAACCAGAUGUGUACCGUACUUCAUAUCGAAGAAUUCUUGGGGUUUAUUUCGUAGAAGAACCAAACUCCUUUGUCGGAAAUGUGGGAACCAUGUCGGCGAAGCUUAUGAUGACAACAACAACAACAACAACAACAACAACAACAAUAACAAAAGUUACUCUUAUCCAAUUAUACCAGACGGAUCAAACUCCGGCGAAGUUGAAGUUGCCGCCGUCACUCAGGGGAAAUAUGACGUCAGAAUCCGUGCAUUGCAACCUUCAUCCUCUUCUCAAGCUGGUACUCCUCUUGUUUUUUGACAUCCAGUUCAAGUGCACAAAAGUAAAUAACUAAGAGUGCUUCUUCUUCAUGGUGAAGAAAAAACCAGGUAUUUAUCAUUUAUGUUUAAGAAAGUUAUGUUGUUCUUCAUUGGUAAUUGUACAGAGUUUGAGUGAUAUAGGAGUAUUUAUUUUUGGAAAAAAGACAAUGUUUUGCUCUACCAGAAAUUUCUACUAGAAAAUUGCAGUUUCAAGAUUUUACAGUUUCGAGUAGUGAAAAUGGUGUUUUCAGUGUAUUGUACGGAGUAGUUCCUUUUCCCGUGCUUUCUGAAUGGUGAAGCGAAGGUCAUGUAUCUUAAAAUUUUGUGCAGGAUGUAAAUGUUAUGUUGGUGAAGCUACUUUUCUAUCGUUUAAAACUA